AUGAUAAACCAUAAAAGUCUUGCAGUUAUCAAUUUUCGUUCGUCAAUUUCAUCUUAUUCGGUGACCACUAUGAAAAGAUGGUCUCGAUCAUCUUCGAGAUUAUUUUUACUUGCGUCACCCAUCGGAUUAUCUAAAAACCAGACAUUAUCUGCAAGAUUUUUCUGCCAGUCACUUUUAUUAGAUGAUAAUAAUCAGAUCAGUAAAGAUGAUCAAGGACCCAAAGACACUGAAAAUGAAAAAUUCAAAUCAGAUCCCAAAAAGACCGAGAUCACACGUCGCAGGUUUUGGAAACAAGUAUCUCUCGAAUCAAAUAACUCACAAGGCACAUACUCAAUAUUACUCGAUAAACGACCCUUAAAAACUCCGAAAGGAUCACCGCUCACAAUUAAACAUUCGCAAAGAACAUUAGCAUUAUUAUUGGCUGGUGAAUGGGAAUCACAAAAGACCGUAUUAAAACAUCAUUCAUUGCCAUUGACUUCACUGGUUUCCAGAGCUAUUGAUACUUUCGAGGAUCGUAAUUCAUCAGAACGUCAACAAGCAAUUACACGAUUACUUAGUUACCUCGAUACUGAUACUGUGUGUUACCAACAAUCCUAUCCAGAGUCAUUGGUUGAAUUGCAAAAGCGACAUUGGGAUCCAUUAUUAAGAUGGGCUCAGAAAUUCUAUGAGGUCGAAAUUAAAGUUACCAAUAGUAUCAUGGGUGUAAGACAACCGGAAAGUACCAUAAAAAGAUUGAAAAAAGUUGUCGAUGAAUUUGAACCGUUGAAAUUGGCUGCUUUUGAGCGUGCUGUCAUGAUCACCAAAUCAUAUUUGAUUGGCCUAGGUUUGGUGGAAAGGCAAAUAAACGUAAAACAAGCGACGGAAGCUGCUCAUGUCGAAAUGGAAUCCCAAACAAGGCAGUGGGGCAUAGUCGAAGAUGCUCAUGAUGUCGAAAAUGAACACGUCAGGUGUCAACUAGGAUCAGUUGCUUGUAUAUUAAUUAACAAUUCCUAA